AAAAGUUAAGCUCACUCUUUGACAAUAGCUGAAAGGGGAUUACACCCAAAAGCUGCUUAGACUGAUGCAGAGGUUUGCAAACUAGCAUUCAAGGGCAUCUUCUCAAGGACAACAAAGUUAUGUCUUGCACAUAAUCUCUUCUAAACUUCAUUCAUGUGCAGGAUUUUACUCUAGGCCCAAAAUGCUAUAGGUGUGCACAAUGUAAAAACACAUUUAAAUACAAGCGGUGAAUAAAUAAUGAGCUAUAAAUAUAAGAAUGAAGAAAUAACAAGGGAAUGAGCAAGGGUUUUUCCAGUGAUGUGUGUUGAUUCACCUGCAGGGAUCUAUUGUGAUAAAAUUUUUCCACUAAAUACAUAAUCACUUGGCUCAUGGUGGCCCGCUGCUAAAGAUGAUUGACAUGUAUCUUCAUAAGAGUCACAGGACUCAGGUGUGAAGGAACGUGACCGCUAUCCUCAAUAGUUAAACCUGAAAGUAGCCCUUUGCUGAUGGUUGCAGCAUGUUAGUCCUACCUACAUGUGGACUGUUGAGCUGGUUAGAUACACCAGGAAAAUCAGAUUCAGGACUAUGAUAAAAAUCCAGUGUAAAACUAAAUCAGAAGUUGUAAGUUUAAACUAUCCUCAUUUGGACCGUUUAAACUUGAACUUAAAAAAAGUGCACUGUUGCAAUGGCAUGUUUUCCACAUUAGUGAUAUGUCUUUGAUAUUAAUAUUCUCUAAUGCAUAUUUUCUCUAUCCAUAAUUAAUUGCAAGAUUGAUUUUGCCUCCACUUAGUCUUUGACUCAGAAGACCUUUAAAAAUAUUACAUUCUGCAUCUUAUUUUGAUGCUUAAAAACCAGUCUUUUUUUUGCUAAAGGGAAAUAGUUCAGCUCCUCUUUUGAAAGAAGUGUUUUCAGUACUUGUUGCAACAUUGGUUCACCAUUGUUGACUACUCUGGAAAGACCACACCAAUCUUUAGCACAGUAAAGAUUAAGAGGAUGACACAUUGGUAUUUGCUUACACAGCGACUGGUGUUAAUCUUCUUUUACUCCUCAUGAAAGCCCCCAGACGACUCAAGUUCUCACAGUCUGGCAGAUCUGGCAGUGACCCGACAUUACAUCAGACACAGGAAGCUGUUUGUGUUGGGUGCUUUUAUUAACAAAAAAAACAGGCUUUUUGUGUUUUUCUAUUCCUUGAUUGAUUUUGAUUUGUCUGUUCUUCUUCUAAAAGAUUUAAUUUCCAUAUUCAAGUAUAGUGGUACAAUAAAUAAUGGAAGAUCAGGUGAUUAAAGUAGAUCUUUUUUCACAGGAUGACUCCAGCAACUUCACAAAACAGAGCCUAGAUGGAAUUCAACAAGAUAAAAGUCCUCUUAAAGGUCACGCCUCACUUUGCAAAGUCUGCUCUGAUUCAAGCAGCGGCAAACACUAUGGCAUAUAUGCCUGCAAUGGCUGCAGUGGCUUCUUUAAACGCAGUGUACGAAGAAGACUCAUCUACAGGUGUCAGGCUGGGACAGGCAGAUGUCCUGUUGACAAAGCUCAUAGGAAUCAGUGCCAAGCCUGCCGACUGAAGAAGUGUCUCCAAGCUGGAAUGAACAAAGAUGCAGUUCAGAGUGAGCGUCAGCCUCGAAUCACUACACAUGUCAGUCUCGAUUCCAUAGAUGUGGAGGCCAAGAGGGAAGACCUCGUUACCACACAGGAGCUCACCACUUCCAGCCUCUACUCAUCUAUUAGAUUUAGACCUCUGGUCACCUUGCCUGAUCCCAGUUCUGCAUCUGUACAACCCUGCUGCAACCAAAAGACUCACUGCUUCAUGGUCAGCUUGCUGACAGCAGAAACUUGUACCAAACUGGAGCCAGAGGAUGAUGAAGAAAAUAUUGAUGUGACAACAAACGAUGCAGAGAAGGACAACUCUUCAUUAGACCGCACCAGGCUUACAUCCCUCUCCAGCUUUUCAGAAAGUUUUGACGAAACAGCAGCUCGACUUCUCUUCAUGUCUGUGAAGUGGGCAAAGAAUUUGCCCAUUUUUGCUCUUUUGCCAUUUCGAGACCAGGUGAUUCUGCUGGAAGAAGCUUGGAGUGAGAUGUUCCUUCUGUGUGCCAUUCAGAUGUCUCUACCUAUCGAUAGAUGUUUAAUUCUGUCUCCAGAACUUUCCCCCACUCAUGAAGUUAAGACCAACCUUGUCUCAUCUGAGACGCAGAUUCUUGAAGAUGUAUUCAGUCGCUUCAAGGCUCUGGUUGUCGACCCUACUGAAUUUGCCUGUCUUAAAGCAAUAGUUUUGUUCAAGCCAGAGACACGCAACCUCAAAGAUGCCAGCCAGGUUGAAAACUUGCAGGAUCAGUCCCACUUGCUAUUGAGUCAGCACAUUCAAUUGGUGUACCCCAACAAUGCUUCAAGGUUUGGGAGGCUGUUACUUCUGCUGCCAUCUCUCCACUUCUUGAGUCCACGUAAGAUAGAGCAGCUGUUCUUUCACAGGACAAUUGGCAACACACCCAUGGAGAAGUUACUGUGUGAUAUGUUCAAAAGCUAAACAAGCCUAAAUAGAAGUUUCCCCAAAUGUAUCCUUUUUUCAUGUUGCGAAUGUCUUUUUCUCCAAUAAAAUUUGAAAUUAUGU